CCCACAGCCUGCCUAGGCACUUGGCAGCCAGGGAAACUUAAUAUUUGCUUAGCGUUAGCAUAACAUUUUUAUUAUGUAAUCCGUAGCAGCAGAGCGUUUAGACUGCGCAAGCUUUCUGCAUUCUCAUUGAAGUCAGGAAUACUUAGCCCGAGCUUGUUGCUAUGUUGAUGUGUUGGAGUGCAACGGCACCAACAAACGCAAGUUCAAGCGCUUCCUUCAGGGAACAUCUGGAGUAGGCUAGGGGGAAAAAAGCCUCGGGGUUUGAGCUGGGGAGUGUGGCAAGGACUGCGGAACUGAAUGAAUGCAUUAUUGCCAGAGUCGAGUUACGUUUCGGAACAUCCUAGUUAGGAGGACAUUAGCCUAUAGAUUUCGCCGUCUAUUAGUUAGGCUACAUUUAGUCUCUACAAAAGUUUAGUUACUACAAAAGUAAUUCACUGAGGCAAUGAACUUUUUAGCUUCCAUCAGGCAGUUGCUAUAGCCUCACCACAGUGGAUUUUAGGCAAUUCCUUAAUUUCAUUUUCAUACAUUAUGAUAGGUUGGGCUAUUUAAGAUAGAUUGUGCUGGGUUGUAGACUAGACUAUAUUUAUGAUUUUAGCAAAAACAUACUUAGGCUAUUUGUAGGCUAAAUUAUAUGUAUAUAUAGACUACAAAUAUUUCAUAGCCGAACGAAGCUGCAACGUUAAUUGGGCUGGUGACAUGUGACGCAAUGUUGUGUGUUGGGAAGAGGGGGAGACACAAAAAUUGCACCUUCAUUAUGCGCGUGCCCCGGUCAUCCUCGGUUUAUCUAGGAUGUGUGCAGAACAGUCAGUGAAGCUACACAGUGUCGACUACAUUUAUUCCUUAUUUUAAAACCUUUACUUAAACCUUCAGGCUACUUACAAACGAAGCUUAUCACGUAGAGUAGGGAGCUUCAACUUUGAAAUUGAAAUCGCAUCGACCAGUCCCACAUUCAGUGGACAACUGUUUCAGGGCUUUCAGUCUGGCUGGUAGCCGGAAAUAACAGCAAAAAGAAGCAGUUGAUGUUUAUAAGAAGACAAAAGAAGAGGGGUGAGGAGGAGAAGCUUGCGAGCUAAGAAGAAGGAAGGGCUCUAUGCUGGAAGAUCUAAUAGCCUCACCAAUGUUCUCUGUGGACCAGGACAUCUCAAGCUGCACCAUGCCUAGCAAGCCACCUAUCAAGUAUGGGGAGCUCAUUAUUUUAGGGUACAAUGGCUCCCUUCCAAACGGUGAUCGAGGCCGACGGAAGAGUCGUUUCUCUCUCUUUAAGAGGCCCAGAGCCAAUGGGGUGAAGCCCAGUACAGUUCAUUCUGUCUGUUCGCCACAGGCUGCCAAGGCCAUCAGUAAUAAGGACCAGCACAGCAUCUCGUACACGCUGUCGCGCGCUCAGACCGUGGUGGUGGAGUACACUCAUGACAGCACCACUGACAUGUUCCAGAUUGGCCGCUCCACCGAGAGCCCCAUUGACUUUGUGGUGACUGACACGGUACCGGGUCGACUCAGCCAUGGCUACAGCGACAGCACGACGUUGUCGUCACAGAGCACUAUCUCGCGCUUUGCCUGCCGGAUCAUAUGCCAACGCCACCCGCCGUACACUGCCCGCAUCUACGCAGCUGGCUUCGACUCGUCCAAGAACAUCUUCCUGGGGGAGAAGGCUGCCAAGUGGAAGACCCCUGAUGGCCUGAUGGACGGACUGACCACCAAUGGUGUUCUUGUGAUGCACCCCCGUCAUGGCUUCACUCAGGACUCCCGGCCCAGUGCCUGGAGAGAGAUCUCUGUCUGUGGCAAUGUGUUCAGCCUCCGCGAGACCCGCUCGGCACAGCAGCGUGGCAAGAUGGUGGAGAAGGAAAGUCACGAGCUGCGAGAUGGCUCCCUGAUUGACCUGUGUGGUGCUACCCUGCUCUGGCGCACCGCUGAAGGUCUGGCCCAGACUCCCACGGUCAAACACCUGGAGGAGCUGAGGCAGGAGCUGAACGCAGCGCGGCCCCAGUGUCCGGUGGGCCUCAACACACUGGCCUUUCCCAGCCUGCGCAGCAGGGAGGUCCUGGACGCCAAGCAGCCCUGGGUUUACCUGAAGUGUGGACACGUUCAUGGCUAUCACGGUUGGUCAGGCCGAUCUCAGCAGUCUCAGGAGGAGGAGGAGGAGGAGGAGGAGGAGGAGUUGCCUGGGCAAAAUGAACAGGACCUCGGCUCCAGGGAGCGGGAGUGUCCCAUGUGUCGCACCCGUGGGCCCUACGUGCCACUCUGGCUUGGGUGCGAGUCAGCCUUCUACUUGGACGCAGCGCCUCCGACCCACGCGUUUGUCCCCUGCGGCCACGUGUGCUCAGAGAAGACGGCAGCAUUUUGGAGUCAGAUCCCACUGCCGCACGGAACACACACCUUCCAUGCUGCCUGCCCCUUCUGUGUGCGGCCUCUGCGUCGGGAGAGGCGAUACAUCAGACUCAUCUUUCAGGGACCGCUGGACUAAGUGUGUGUGUGUGUGUGUGUGUGUGUGUGUGUGUGUGUGUGUGUGUGUGG